UUAAUUAAUUUUUAUUUUCUGUUGUGCUCGAUUUGCGGGAAAAUUCUUGUGAAGAAAUUUUCGAUCUGCCUCAGAAUUUGUUUUGCUCUCUCUCUCUGGUUUAUUAAUGCUUCUCCAGAUUCUCUGAUUUCAAAUCAGAGAGACGACAACGCUAUAAAAUAGGGUUUUGAUUUGGAGGAAAAAAAAAGGAGAAUGAUAGGUUUAGUAAGUGAGAAUGAUAGCAGCAGGAGUCACAUGGUGAUAAAUGUCGAUGGAUUGAUGAUGCGUCCGGUGCCGUUGUCUCCGGAGGUUGAGGAGAUGAGAUCAGAGUCGCGUGUGGUGGUUAAUAAUAAUAAUAAUAACGACAAGGCAAUUGAUGUUUCUGAUGAUGAGAAUGAACCGCUUAUUGUUUCUGCUGAAUGUCGUAUUUGUUCGGAUGAGUCUCCUGUUGAGAAUCUUGAGAGUCCUUGUGCUUGCAGUGGCAGCCUCAAGUACGCUCAUAGGAAAUGUGUUCAGCGUUGGUGCAAUGAAAAAGGAAACAUUUUAUGUGAGAUUUGUCAUCAGCCUUACCAACCUGGAUAUACCGCUCCACCACCACCAGUUCAGCCCGAAGAAACCACUAUUGACAUCGGUGGAGGAUGGACAAUCUCAGGUUUGGAUUUGCAUGAUCCUCGCCUCCUUGCGAUUGCAGAAGCUGAGCGUCGGUAUUUAGAGACUGAAUAUGUGGAAUAUACAGAUUCAAAUGCCAGUGGGGCUGCAUUUUGUCGUUCAGCUGCUCUCAUAUUAAUGGCUCUUCUUCUCUUACGACAUGCACUGACCAUAACAGACGAAGCUGAUGGAGAAGAAGAUGACCCAUCGUCUAUACUAUCUCUUGUCUUGCUCCGAGCUGCUGGAUUUCUUCUUCCAUGCUAUAUCAUGGCUUGGGCCAUCAGUAUUCUGCAACGGCGAAGACAAAGACAGGAGGCUGCAGCUUUGGCAACGCAGUUUGCGCUGGUGCUUCAGUCAGGGCAGCCUAGAACAGUUCACUUCACGGUAUCACCAGGACCACCAUCAACCUCCAUCGUUCAUGCAACUGCAUCUACACAACAGCAGCAUGACGAGCCUGUCUGAUUUAUUCUGAUAUAAUAUCGUAACUAUGGAGCCAUUACAAGGUACGCUGUAAAUGAAAUGAAGAGUUCGAUUGCCUGUAAAUUUAGAAUGCUGUCUGCGUAAAAAAGGAUUGAAGUCAUUCCAAAUGAGUUCAUUCAUUUUGUCUGUAUUUUAAUGUUUCUUGCAAUAUUUUUUGCAGAAGUUUGUAAAUUCUGUUUUACAAAUUUUCAAACAUUUACUUUGGAAUUUGAGUGUAUUUUUAAAUAAUUGGAAA